AUGGAUACUUUAAAUCAGAAUGGCGCUUUCUCAGAACAUCCGGAUGCCUAUGAGUUAACUUUUAAUGGUUCAGUUUCUCACAAUCAGGAUUUAUUAAAUCGAAAAUUGUCUUUACGAAGUAUGCGUCAAUGUUUAAAAAUGGCUGUUGAUGGGUAUGAGGAAGCUGUUCAAGAACGUCGUGAAGUUGAAGAAAUGAAGAAUGAAUAUGAAAAAAUGGAACCAAGGUGUGGUUUAUUUUCUUUUUAA